AUGAGCAAAAGAAAAUACGAUGAAACGUCGACUGAUGAGGAAGAUAGUGAUGUUCAGCUAGACGAUUCACUACAGUUAAAGCUUCAUGUACCAAAGAAUGCCAAUCUCGACAUAUCCUCGUUGAAUAUCGGUCACCAUGAGCAAGAUCGCUCGGAUUUUAUUUCACAUAUGUUCGGCAAAGAGGAUUAUACGUAUCUUCCAUUAAAGAAAGACCACGCUUCUCGACCACUAUGGAUCAGUCCUGAAGAUGGCCAUAUUAUCCUUGAAGGCUUUUCACCUAUUGCAGAGCAAGCUCAGGAUUUUCUUGUUGCCAUUAGCGAGCCUGUCAGUCGCCCAGCCCAUAUUCAUGAAUACAAGUUGACACCCUAUUCUCUAUAUGCCGCUGUUUCUGUCGGACUAGAGACUGAAGAUAUCAUUGAAGUCUUGAAUCGCCUUUCCAAAGUACCAGUCCCAGAAUCCAUCACACAGUUCAUUCGCCAAUGUACAUUAUCUUAUGGCAAAGUGAAACUCGUAUUGAAGCACAAUCGAUAUUAUGUCGAAUCCUCACACCCAGAGACGCUUCAAAUGCUGCUCAAAGAUACAGUCAUUAACCAAGGACGGAUUGUGCGGGAUGAAAAUGAUCAAGUCAUCAGUGCGCCUGCUGGUUCAAGUGCUUUGCUGGUGAAUAAUAAACCAUCUGGAAAGAACUUAGCUAUAUCCGGCAUCAAUAAGCAGUCUCCAGCAGCAGAAGGUGGAAAGGAUAAGGAUAAGUCCAAAGCGGCAUUAGACGAAGAAGCGCAAAAGAGAAUGGAAGAAGAGCAACUCUUUGGUGCUGUGGUUCGCAUUGAUAAGGAGGAUGAAGAGGAAGAUCUCGAUGGUGGUGAACAGGUGCAUUCCUUUGAAAUCGCUGCAGAGCAAGUGGAGAACAUCAAAAAACGUUGCAAUGACAUUGAUUAUCCUAUGCUCGAGGAAUACGACUUUCGGAACGACACAGUCAAUGCCAAUCUCGAGAUUGAUCUCAAACCUACCACUGUGAUUCGACCUUAUCAAGAAAAGAGCUUGUCAAAGAUGUUUGGUAACGGUCGUGCACGAUCCGGCAUUAUUGUGUUACCGUGCGGAGCAGGAAAAACGCUUGUUGGCAUUACCGCUGCAUGUACGAUAAAGAAGAGCUGCCUGGUUUUAUGUACAUCAUCGGUCUCGGUCAUGCAAUGGAAACAGCAAUUCCUACAAUGGAGCAACAUCAAAGAGAAUCAAAUCGCUGUAUUUACAUCCGAUUGCAAGGAGAAGUUUUCGGGAAGCUCAGGCAUCGUCAUUUCAACAUACUCCAUGGUUGCCAACAAGCGUAAACGGUCCUAUGAUGCACAAAAGAUGAUGGAAUUUCUUGAAUCAAGGGAGUGGGGCUUUUUACUUCUUGAUGAAGUGCACGUUGUACCUGCCAACAUGUUCCGUACCGUUGUUACAACAAUAGCUGCCCACGCUAAGCUUGGCUUAACUGCAACCCUUGUGCGAGAAGAUGAAAAGAUUGAUGAUCUCAACUUUUUAAUUGGUCCCAAGUUAUACGAAGCCAACUGGAUGGAUCUUGCCAGUCGCGGACAUAUUGCCAAUGUCCAGUGUGCGGAGGUCUGGUGCCCUAUGACCCCUGAAUUCUACAAGGAGUAUCUUCGAGAGAAUUCGAGGAAACGAAUGCUACUAUAUGUUAUGAAUCCGAAGAAAUUGCAGGCGUGUCAAUAUCUUAUUCAAUACCAUGAACGACGAGGUGACAAGAUUAUCGUGUUUUCGGAUAAUGUAUAUGCAUUGGUGGAAUAUGCAAAAAAGUUGGAGAAACCUUACAUCUAUGGCGGCACUGGCCAACAAGAACGAAUGCGGAUUUUACAAAACUUCCAGUAUAACCCGGCAGUCAAUACCAUUUUCCUUUCGAAGGUUGGUGAUACGAGCAUUGAUUUACCAGAAGCCACAUGCUUGAUUCAAAUAUCAUCUCAUUAUGGAUCCAGACGUCAAGAGGCACAGCGUUUAGGCCGGAUUCUUCGAGCAAAAAGGAGGAAUGAUGAAGGCUUCAAUGCGUUCUUCUAUUCGCUGGUAUCGCGGGACACACAAGAAAUGUAUUACUCGACGAAACGGCAGCAGUUUUUAAUCGAUCAAGGAUAUGCGUUUAAGGUGAUUACAAAUCUAGAAGGCAUGGACAGCGAUCCCAACCUGGUGUUCCGAACACAUCAAGAGCAGAUGGAUUUACUAAAAUCAGUAUUAUUGACCAACGAGUCUGAUCUUAAAGACGAAGAUUUUGGUGCAAUUGAUGAUGUGGGUCGCAUCACAGACCGAAAAGUAGCAGCCAAGGGACGACCAUCUAACGCCAAACGAUCAAUGACGUCUUCUAAAACUCUCGCUGGUGGAGAUAAUAUGGCUUAUUUGGAAUACUCGCGGAAUUCAGGUGGUCAAUUUACUUCAUCGUCAGGAGGUCGUGGUCGUGGACAGCAAGGAGGAUCUCGAGAACAUCAUGCCUUAUUCAAAAAAUAUUUGGGUCGGAAAUGA